AUGUUUUGUUCUCAUAUGGUUAAGGACAGUCUAGACGACUUUUUUUCCGUUCAUGGGAAAGAAAGCAAUUAUGACUCUAGUUAUGCAUUUCUGGUAGUGUAUAAUGAAAAUACCCAAAGGUACCAACGAUUCUGUGUUAACUAUCAACAAUGGAGAACAUCUAGCAUUGCACCAACGCUUUCAGAAGCUGAAAACCUGCACCUUGGAUGGUGGGGCAACAUAAUAAAUAACACGAAUGUCUGCAUCAAGAAUCAGUCUGCCACUUAUGAAAGUCGUGUAGUGGCUUUGAAUUACAGAAUGGAUAAUAAUGGCGCUUGUACACUUCGCUCUUUUAAUCCUAGUCGUAGGUUGGAUGAUGCUAUACAGUAUGAGGUGGGUGAACUGGUCAAAGCAAACGCCAGUGCUGGUUUAUUACUUGUUGAGAAAGGACGUAAUUAUGUUCGUCGGUGGUUGGAUUAUUUGCAAAAGUUUGGUGAUGGAGUUUCUGGUGGGAACGUUUCAUUUCGGUUUUAUCGUCCAAAGUCUUCAUCUUGGGAUCUUUCAAUGUUUAUUAUUUGGCUGUUGGCUGUCUUCUGUGUCGGAGUUGGUGGCUAUUGGGCUGGCCAUAGGAAGUCUUGCGAAGAGAAAAUGGGGCUAGAUUCGCAUUUUUCACGAACUGUCGUUCUUAAUAGUUCGCAAAAGAAGAACUUAGAGCAUGAAGACGAAAAGAUGACAACACCAGCAAACUGUUUAUUUGUUGUGAUAGCAAUGGUCAUAGUCGUUGGCAUACUAAUGCUCGGAUUUUACUUUCGUUACAUAAUGGUUUAUAUAUUCAAUGUGAUACUUCCUAUCGUCGGCACAUUCAGUAUGCACCGUUGCUUGUCUUCUGCUUACAGUUUCUUCUGCAAGUGCGGUCACUGUCGUAUCUGUGUUUCAAUGAACGAUGUUACUCGUUCGCUUUUUAAACGCGAGCUAUUCAAGAACGAAUACUGUUCUCGUCGCCCACGAGUUGCUUCAGUCGUUAUUUUUGUAUUUUCGGCUACAUUUUGUACUUCUUGGUUCUUUUUUCGCCGUAGUCCGUAUGCAUUUAUUCUUCUUGACUUUAUAAAUGUCACUCUCUGCUUGCACGUACUGAAAUGGAUUCGGUUUCCAAAUCUUAAGUGGCUAACAGUGCUUUUGUUAUGUAUGUUUGUGUACGAUAUGUUUAUGGUUUUUGGCACUCCCUAUUUCACCAAGAAUGGUUGUUCUGUAAUGAUUGAGGUUGCUGCUGGGACAGACUGCGAGAAAUCAAGCACUGGUUAUCCUGUAGCUCCUAUAAGCGGUGAUAUUCCUGAAAAGUUUCCUAUGCUUUUUCAAGUGCCACGACUGAGCGAUCCUAUGCUUUCUUGUAUAGAUUUGCAAGUUGAAAAAGAGUAUCGACCAGUUAUUCUUGGUCUCGGUGAUGUAAUUGUUCCUGGGUAUCUUAUAAGUUUUUGCUUCACUGUGGACUUUUCUGCUAAAACUCGAUAUUUGUAUGGCCUUGUGUCUGUUGUAGGUUAUGGGCUUGGUCUUGUGGCAACGUUCUGUGCUUUGACGGUUAUGGAGAGUGCUCAACCGGCUUUGAUUUAUUUAAUACCAUUUACACUAAUUCCAAUAAUUCUUCUUUCAGUAAUUAGGGGAGAAUUCAAGUUGCUUUGGCAUGGUCGCUUCAGUAAAAAUGAGGUAUGUUUUCUACCUUUGAAGCGUAUUCUCUAUUGA